AGCAUCACGAAAGGUCGCCCGUGGCGCCAUCACGCAAAGGUGCAUCUCAGUUGGCUUUUUAUUGGUUUAUAGUUACACAGCACAGAACAGAAAGGAGGGAUGCCAGGGAUGUUUCUCAGCUUGGCUGAGCCUCGUGAACAGGAUGCGCCGACUUCAGUUGUCCUUCGCUUACCAUGUUGUACGACGUGUGGUGAUAUUUCUUCUCUUGACUCUGUACACAGUAAAGCUCAUGCCUCUUCGCUCUCUUGCUUAUUAUUCAGCGACCAUUCUCAGAGACCAAAUUUUACGAUCUGUGCGAGAGUUGUCAGAAAUGCCAUUCCAUGCCUGAGACCCUUAAUAACACUUCGGCGUCGAGUCUCAGGGAUAAGGCCGCACGCGCGUGCCACUCAUCUUUAACCCGUUCCCAACGAUGUCGGAGCACGUGGUCCUUGCUGAUUGUAGAGAUAAGUCUGGCAUCCUAUCAUCGCAAAUUGCCUACUACCCAAAUAGCAACAGAGGUACACCUCAAGAUGUUGCGACAGUUGCCACUGAGUCAGGCCAAACUGCUCUUUGGGUUUGCGACACGACCGUAGGACUCUUCACCGACACUAAUACUCAGUUUGUCGCCAAGCUCGGUCCCAAGGUUGCCGAAGGACAAUAUGCCGGUACGGGAAGCAACGGCUAUGAUAGCAAUAACGGGGGUUUCCGGUGUUGGCAAACCUUCGAGCAAGACUAUUAUGUAUAUGGCAACACAGCAUGUAACAUGGUAUACAACUGCGAUCAUAUUAUUGCUCCUUCUAGUACAGCAAGUGCCAAAUGUGCCAGUAACACAGCUUCGCCUUCUUCAUCAGCCUCACCAACCUCAUCCGGCUCUUCCACCCCGGCACUUACGACUGGUGCUGUGAUUGGCAUCAGUGUUGGUGCGGGUGUUGCUCUUCUCAUCGCAAUUGGCGCAGCAUUCUUCAUUUGGAGACGUUUACGAUCCAAACGACGACGGAACCCUGCUGAGCUUCCCGCGAACCAGUCAAAGAGCAGCGGGGAUCCGCUCGGUAUGCUCAAGAAGAGUCCUGUGCCCACUCCCUCACAUGGUCUUCCAAACGAGGCAAAUACGCCAUGGCAUCGACAUGGGUCACCACGGCCCGUGUAUGAGAUGGAUGAGCAAGGACGUUUAGAAGUGUCCGGGCUUACACCUCCGAGAGAAUUGGGCGGCAGUGUAAGAGCAGAAAUGCCGACUCCGGAAUCACAAUACUAUCUCUGGUAUCCUGCCAAUGAGAAUAGCAAUACUCCUUUAGACGGACCACCGGCGAGGCAAUCAUAGGAAACAUAUCGUUUACCACGGCAAUUGCCUGUGAGCUAUUAAGUGCGUCAUGCUUCUCAAAACCAUCGACUCGUCGAGUAGAAAGACAAAUCUGUCUUAAUAAGUUGUGAAGCGUCGACCUGUAGAUUCGUCCCUGGCGCCGUCGAGAUUAAAAGACUAGGGCUCAACGACAACAAUAGGAAGACCGAAGAUUGUGACUGGUAACUCGAGUAAAAGAAAAGAGACCCGCUUGAUGCGGCUA